GAUGAGGCAGAAGAGUGUGUGAAGCUCACGAGCCUAUACUUGUUUGCAAAGAACGUGAGGUCCUUGCUUCACACCUAUCACUACCAGCAGAUUUUUCUUCACGAAUUUGCCAUGGCCUAUACCAAAUAUGUAGGAGAAACACUGCAGCCCAAAACUUAUGGCUACAGCAGUGUGGAGGAGCUACUGGGAGCCAUCCCACAGGUGGUCUGGAUAAAAGGACAUGGUCAUAAGAGAAUUGUAGUGUUAAAAAAUGACAUGAAAAACCGGCUAAGUUCAUUUGACCUUUCCCCUGUCAAUCAUGAAGACCAGCCUGCAGUCAGCAGGCAGAUCCUGGAGGUGCCAGAACCCCAUCUAGCCUCAGAGCUCCAUCUCAGAACAGGACCCAGCCAGAUGGAGCAGGAACUUCUGCAAUUGGCCAACAGCUCCCCUGUUGACCUUCUCUGUGCUCCUGUUCCUUCAUGCCUGCCAUCCCCUCAGCUAAGACCAGAUCCUGUCAUCCUGCAGCCCACUGAUCUCAUUCAGUUUGAGGAACACCCUCAGGAGCCUUUGGGAGUUUUAUUUUUAAACCAAGAAGAAAAAACAGAAAUUCCAAUACCAGUAAAGAAGGGGAACCUGUCCUGUAACUCCUCACCCAGUAGCCCAGCAUCCGCUUCUGCUCCUCCCAAACCCUCCUCAGAAGCCCCCGGGCUACUGAUUAGCAAGGAUGCAGUGGAAAGCCCAGCAAAAAAGCAGCCCAAAAAUAGAGUCAAAUUGGCAGCCAACUUUUCUUUUGCACCUGUGACCAAGCUCUAACUUCCAGUUUGAACACAGAAUUAAAUUAGGAUGGGGGGAAAACUGUCUGAUUCUACACACAAAAAUAGGCUUAAAAACCUCAUUUUAUGUCUUGACCCCAGAAGCCACUUUUAUUAAUGGUCCAUAGGGAAAUGUUUGUUUCCAAAUUUCAGAUGAACUUUUUCUUACUUUAUUUCUUCCAGUUAUUUGAAAGAACUCCAUUAAGGAAUCUGUAUUAUAUUUACCAAAUUUUUCUAGACUAUUGUGAAUUGUGGUGGUUGGGAAGAAAUAAGCAGAGAUCAUUCAGCAGGAAGUGGAUUGAGUCCCAUUGAGCAGCCUCAUCAUUUGUUUAAGCAAAUGUAUUUGUGGUUGUUCAAGAAGCCAAACAUGUCCUUAAACCUGCGGGUCACACACUGGGGCAUGAGUGAGUGGCAAGAGAGUCAUUUUCCGGUUGACAGGAAAGUUCCUGGCUUCUAGGUGACUUAUUGGUGUGCCUUGUUUUUUAUGUAACUAUGUCUGUGGUUAACCAAUGUGGCCUCAUCCCAUUUUUUAAAAAAGUUUCCAUUUGGGGAUUCCAUUUAAUUAAGAGCUUUCUAGAAAGUUAUUUCAUGCUUCCCUUCUCUGUCUGUCUCCGUUUGAUAAGGGUAAGGUUUAAGGAAAAGAGAUGGUCUCGAUGUCAUCCAUUUAAGUCAGCAUUUGAAUGACAUAUUGUGUAUUGAGAGGUAAUGGUUAGAGUCUGAUUUUUUAAACUAUGCAUUAAAUGCAUAAAUUGUAAAUCAGCUGAGUGGUGAAAUGCUUCAAAUGGUGUGGGUUCAAUAUUAUUUCCACUAAGAAGAAACCAGAGUUUUAUCUGUAAUUUGAAGGUCAAGGUUGAUCCUUGUUCUUGUGAUUUAAAAAUU